AUGUUGUCCCUUCUUGCCGUUGCUCCCUAUGCGGCUGGGCUAGCCUUUGUUUCCUUCGUCUAUUUUUUGGCAUACCCCUACCUUGAAUACCUUCGUGAUCCUAAAGGUCUUCGCAAAUACCCCAAUCUCUCUCCGCUCUCGGGCAUUUCGGCCCUCCCCUUCAUGUUCAUGGCAUCAAGGGGCUUCCGAUCAAUGGAACUCACCCAGUUGCACAAGAAACACCCGGUGAUUCGCACUGGACCCAAUAUGCUUUCUUACGGUGAUGUGCGGGCUAUCAAGGACAUCUACGGACACAACACCAAAUGUACCAAGGAUGGAUCCUACUCUGUCACGGCAGGCACUCACUUCAACCUCGCUGAUGUCGUUGAUAAGCCCGACCAUGCUAGAAAGCGUAAGGUCCUCUCCUCGGCCUAUGCUUUGAAGAACUUGGAGAGCUGGGAAUACAAGGUCACCGAUAAGGUACAGCGCAUGUUCAAGCACUUUGAUGAAGUCUGCACUCUUACCCCCAAGGAUGACGUUGCCUCGGGGAAAGUGGCACCUGAUCCUACGGACUUGACUCUGGACCUGCGUGCCUGGACCAAUUUCUUUACCCUUGAUGCCAUUGCCGACAUUGGCCUUUCUGAGAAGCUGGGCUUUCUAGAUAACGGAAAUGAUAUGGUCUUGGCUGAGCGGAGAGACGGUACUACCUACAGGACCAGUCUUCGUGAAGCUCUCUACCCCACGGCUCGCAAGCAAUCUCUCAUCCUCUGGAACUACGAGUGGUACCCCGUACUCGACAAACUGGUUAACGUGAUUCCCUUCUUCGGCCGCAUGGACACAUCAGCAAAGAACUGGGACCACAUCAUGUGGCGUCGAGGCAGCGAACGACUGCAACGGUACGAGGCCGGCGAAAAACUAGACGACUUCUUCCAGGCUCUCAUGGAAGACAAGAACGGCAACCCGAAUAACCUGGAAUGGGGCGAGGUCAUUGCCGAGUGCAACAUCAUGAUGAACGCCGGCAGCGUGACAACAGCCAUUGCCAUCACGAAUGUCAUGUACCAACUUCUCCGCAACCCGCGCUGCUUGGCCAAGCUGCGUGAGGAAGUCGACGCCGUCCUUGACGAAGAAGAUGUAGUCGCAGACUAUGACAAAGUCAAGCAUCUCCCCUAUCUCCGCGCUUGUCUAGAUGAAUCCCUCCGCAUCUUCCCGCCCACAUCUCAUGGUCUCCCUCGCGAAACACCCGCAGAAGGCACGAACAUUCUGGGCGAGUGGGUUGCCGGUGGAACUUCCGUCAGUAUGUCCGCAUUAGUUGCCCACCGCGAUGAGGGUAUCUUCCCCAAUGCCGACCAAUAUAUUCCCGAACGGUGGCUCGAUGAAGAAGGUAAGGCGCUGCAGCCUUAUCUGAUUGCCUUUUCGGCGGGUGCUCGGUCCUGCAUUGGUCGGAAUAUUUCGUACUUGGAGCAGACUAAAGCGAUUGCGUCUAUGGUGCAUCGGUAUGACUUUGCGUUGGCUCAUCCGGGCUGGGAGUUGAAGCGGCUGGAGACGAUGAAUUUGAUUCUGGGCGAGAUGCCGGUGAAAAUUUGGCGACGGGAUUUGGCAGUGACGGAGGCAUAG